CAGGUUACUGAACAGAAAACCAAAGUGCCAGACUCUGUUAAACCCAAUCCCAGCAUCCUUUCAAACCCCAUUCUGACCCUGAACCAGACUGUACCUUCUUCUGCCACCAUCAGCAAUGGCAAGCGUAGCCCUUGUAAUUCCCUUCAACAGCAGUUACCUCCUUUACAGCAGCCCAGUCCCCGACAUGUGCCCAGAGAGGUUCCUCCACGCUUCCGACAGCAGGAGCAGAGGCAGCUACUGAAGAGGGGUCAACCUUUACCUACAGGCGCUCUGAACCCGACCUCUGCUUGCACUCAGUCCGGGGUCAUCUCCCCUCCCGAGACGCCCACCAGCAAACGGCACACGGGACUUCCCCCUCAAAGUGGACAGGGAGACCAGCAUGAGAAUUGUCUUUGGAGCAUCCCAGUCAGCAAAAGCAACAGCAGCAACCGGGAUAAAGUGAUUAUUAACUGUAACAAUACCAACACUUGGCCUUCCAAUACAUACGGCAAGACACCAGAAUGCACCUUGGAUGCUGAACGCGCAUCAGAGGUUGUCGGCAACAGUAGCAGCACUAUUAUGGCUACAGGAGCUAGCCAGCAGGGUCAUUACCCAAUCAGCAAAGCCAGCAUUAAUCUAUCUUCUAGUAGUGUCUCUAGUCAAAGUGGCCCUACCAGGGGCUGGGUCUUAGAGGAAAAGAUUGACUUGUCCAUUGGCAGUAGAGGGCAGUCCAACUGGGGUGCCUCUAAUCUGAACCUAAAUCCUAGUGCCAACCCUGCUGCUUGGCCAGCUCUUGGACACGAGGGAGCUGGGGUAGGAUCAGGCCCAAGUAGCAUGGUUUGCUCAAAUCCACUUUCGCCUAGUAUGUGUGGCCAAGGAGGAGUGGCACCACCUCACGGCACUAAUGGAAAUGGUAGCAUUGGUUGCGUCAGUGGAAACCUUGUAGGGGACUGUGCAUGGGGCAGCCCGGAUAUCCCAGAACAGCAUCAGUCACCCACAAAUGUAUCUUUCAACAUUAAACCUCCUAACCUUAAAACUGAUGGACCAAAUAACACUAAACCAGAGCCAAUGAGUCCAGUGAACAGCUGGAGAGAAAAUCUUAGUCAGUCACCUACUGAGCCUGCCAGCGAAGAUGGAACUGCCUUCUGGGGCAUAGGAGAUGCCAAAAAGGGAGACUCAAAGGACUCAGGCUGGGAUUCUGCAGGUGUCUCCUCUUGGGGGCAAGGAGGACCUAGCAGUAGUGGUGGCUGGGGUGACUGGGGCAAGCAACCAAGCACUGAAGGUACAGGAUGGGAUGUUAAUGAUGGUCCUUCCCAGGAACAUAUGCGUUCCUGGGGCCCUGAUACUCCAGCUAGUGAGGGCAGCAGGGAUAGUAGUGAAGGCCACCCAAGAAGAAGAGAGAGGUCCUCAAGUGAUGAUUUGGCCACUUUGCUCCCGAGGCAGGACUUGGACCCACGUGUCCUUUGUAACACAGGCUGGGGACAGACACCAGUUCGCCAAAACACUGUUUGGGAAAUGGAAGAAAGUCCAGACAAAAAGAAUGGUGCAGGGAAAGAGGUCUGGGGGUCUUCCUCCAACGCACCUUCAACUGGACCUGCACCACCUCCUUCUGGAUGUGCCAGUCCCAACUUCAGAGCACCUCCUAGAAUGGAGACAAGCAAGAGUGAGGGACCUUGUAGAGCUAUGCCAAAUGCAGGCUGGGUAGAAUCAGUCCCAGCCUCUGCUCAGCCUAACAGUGGAUGGGAGGAACCACCUGCAAAUAAAAAGGUUUCUAAUGGAUCAGUAUGUGGCUGGGGUGAUCGUAUUGCUGAAGUUCCCAAUACCAAUGGCUGUAAUAGCCAAUCUUGCCCUGAAGAAAAGUCCCAUAGCUGGGAUGAUGGUACUUCUCAGACGAAAAAACAAGGUUGGGGUGAUGGAAACAAAACUUCCUCAGGAUGGGGAAGUACUGGCAAUGGGAAUAGUGGAGAGUGGAGUGACCCUUCAGAAGUGCAGAAGAACGGCUCUGGAAGUUCCUCUUGGGAACCUGACAACAGAAACUGGAAAGAAACCCAGAGAGAAUGGGGUAAAGCAGCACCAGCACAGUGUGGUAGUUGGGGUGAUGCUCAACAUUCCAAUGGUUCAGCCCAAGGUUGGGGUGGAAAACUUCAGACAUCCACAUCUGGCAACGGUGGAGCUGGAGGCAUAGGGUCAUGGGUUGGUCCAAAUUCUGUGAAACAGAACAACCCUAGCUGCGCAUCAGGAGGCCGACAGGAUCCGGGAGAUGAGACCACAGGCUGGGAAGAUCCUUCUCCUUCUAUUCGUCGCAAAAUGGAAAUUGAUGAUGGGACCUCCACCUGGGGUGACCCCAGUGCUUACAGUAAGAGUGUAAACAUGUGGGACAGGAAUAGCUCCCAAAAUCAUCCGGGAACCGGCAAGAGUGAUAGCCUCACUGGUUCAAACAAUAAUAGCAAUCCUCACCGACAUCACAGCCAAGGUCCUACUCAGAACCAUGUCAGUGGUAGCAACAACAAUGGCUCACCAAAUCAAGGUGAAUCUCCUCUCAACAGAAUGUUCAUAGUAAACCCUGGCUGGGGAGAGCUCCCUAAUGUACAGCCAAACACAGAACCCACUUCAUGGGGUGAGCCAGCCAAUUCUAACACUUCUGUGGACAAUGGAACUUCAGCUUGGGGCCAGCCCUCUAGGGGCUAUGGGGGAUUAGGUGAAGGUGGCCAUGACUCCAAUGGAUCUUAUGGCAGAGGAAAUGCACUUGCUGGAUCAGGCUCCUGUCAGGAAUGUCCCAAAUCUAUGCAAGAUGACUGGGGAUCAGGAGGGGAAGAGACUGGCAUGAAUACUGGCAAAUGGGAUGCUGACGAUGCUGACAUGUGGAGCAGUCCUACAUCCCAAGACUCCACUUGUAACUCCUGGGAUCAAUCCAAGAAGGGCCCACAAAGGGGCAAGGUCUCCAACAAGCAGGAUGAUGUUUGGAUUAUGACCAGACUUAUCAAGCAGCUUACAGAUAUGGGGUUUCCAAAGGAUCCUGCAGAAGAAGCCCUAAAGAGCAACAAUAUGAAUCUGGAUCAGGCCAUGAGCGCUUUGUUGGAGAAGAAAAGCGAACUGGACAAAUGGGGGAUGGGCAUGUCAGACUACAGUAAUGGAAUGAAGUCCAUAGUGUGCCGACCCACAAACCUCUCCAAAGACCCCUCACUGGAUCGUUCCCCCUUCUUGGACAAGGAUGGAAGGCUGUCAGAUGAUGCUUCAUCUUCACCGUUUAUGCCUUCUCCUGGCCUCAAGCUCCCACUGGCCAAUAGCAGCCUCCCUAACCAUGGAUUAGUUGGAAUCUCCUCUGGCUUGUCCAUGCAAAACUUGAACAACAGACAGAUGCAAAAUGGAAUGUUCGGCACUAACGGAGCAGCACAAACUCGGGUCAUGCAGCAGCAGGCCCCGCCCCCUCAGCCACCAGUGCCACCACUUAGCUCCGCCCAGCCUAAUCUACGUGCUCAAGUGCCUCAGCUUUUCACCCCUCAGGUUCAAGCACAACUCUUACAGUUUGCGGCAAAAAACAUUGGACUGAAUCCUGCACUUUUAACCUCACCAAUAAAUCCUCAGCAAAUGACCCUGCUGUACCAACUACAACAACUGCAAGUGGCAUAUCAGCGUUUGCGGAUUCAGCAGCAAAUGAUGCAGGCUCAGCGUAAUGUCUCUGGUCCCAUCAAACAACAAGAGCAGCAAGUUGCACGUACAAUCGCAAACAUGCAGCAGCAGAUCCAGCAGCACCAGCGUCAGCUGACCCAGGCCCUGCUUAUGAAACAGCAGCAGCCUCCAUCUUCCUCUCACACUGGCCUGUACCCAAACCUUGGCAAGGCCAGCCUGGACACUUUUAUGGGUCACCCUCAGACUUCAGGCCUCUCUGUCUCAGACCUGCAGACCAAAGAGCAGCAGUCUUCUCCAAACUCCUUCAGCCCUUAUACACUCUCUGGUUUGAACCCGAACAUGAAUGUAAACUGUAUGGAGGUGGGAAGUCUAUCUCUUAAAGACCCCCCUCAGCCUCAGUCCCGGCUCUCACAGUGGACUCAUUCAAACUCCAUAGAUUCCCUGUCAGCUAGCACUCAGCACAUGGAGGCAAACCACAAUAAGCACGGUUCAAUAUCUUCUGCUCAGUACCAUGUGCCUGUCAGAAAGAGCACCAUGGAAGAUUCCUUCAGCCCAUACAAUCUGAUGUCAAGAUCUGAAUCCCCCACCAGCACCUUGGUGUCUCCAGACAGCUGGACACAGGGCAAAAGUCCCAAUGAGAAAAUAUCUAGUAACUCCAGUGUCAACUGGCCUCCUGAAUUCUGCCCUGGGGUGCCAUGGAAAGGUCUGCAGAACAUUGACCCCGAGAAUGACCCCAACAUGACCCCAGGAAGCGUUCCAAGUGGCCCCACCAUUAACACUGGCAUACAGGAUGUGAAUCGCUACCUGUUACGUGACAGGACUGGAGGUAAACUUUUGGAAAUGAAGUCUACUUGGUCCACUGGACCCAUCUCCCACACACAGGCCUCUUUAUCUCAUGAGUUAUGGAAGGUUUCCCCAGGGACACGUAACUCCAGUGCUCCCUCACGCCCCCCUCCAGGCCUGACCAACACCAAGGCCUCCUCCACCUGGGGAGGAAACUCUCUUGGCCUCAGCCAGGGCUGGAACAGCUCUUACUCCUCAGAAGGAGGAACUUGGAGCACUGACAGUUCCAACAGAGGAAGCAGCUGGCUGGUGCUGAGAAACCUCACUCCUCAGAUUGAUGGUUCCACCCUGCGGACUCUGUGCAUGCAGCACGGCCCUCUCAUUACCUUCCAUCUGAACCUGACACAGGGCAUUGCUGCUGUACGUUACAGCUCUAAGGAGGAGGCUGCCAAAGCCCAAAAAUCCCUGCACAUGUGUGUGCUGGGUAACACUACCAUCCUGGCAGAGUUUGCCAGUGAGGACGAUGUGAACCGCUUCUUUGCACAGGGCCAGUCCCUCACCCCCACCACCAGCUGGCAGGCCAGCCAAGCACCAGGCUCCAAUCAACCCCGGCUGGACAACCCUGCUGCCAGCCACCCCACAGGCCUCUGGAGCAGGGGUGGAGGAGGUAGAGGUACCAAGACAGUCUGUAGUACCGGGAACAGCAACAGCGGACAUGGAGGCAACCUGCUGUGGGGCAGUGGGCCACAGUACUCCAGUUUCUGGGCUCCCCAAAAUGAAGACGAUGCCAGGGUAAUUGGCAGCCCCAUCCCAAUGAACACUCUGCUCCCGGGAGACCUGCUGAGCGGAGAGAGCAUGUAAGAUGUAUCAGACAUCAUAGACCAACAAAGUCAAGAGACCUAAUGGAUUAAAACCCAAGCAAAUCAAUCAGAUAAUCACUUUUUGUGGAGCUAUAAUGGAGGUUUAAGGUGAAACAAAGCUGCAAACCUUCCACUGCUGUUUAUUUGUCCUGUUUUUCUUUUGUUUUUUUUUUGACGUCAGACUGUUUGUUGUGUUUGUGGAUUUUGUUCUUAGUGUUCAAAAAACUUGAGAAGCAAGAAUCAAUAGAAGCAGAAGCCUUUUGAUGCAUUUUUAUUUCCAAAGGAUGUUUUUGCUCAAAAGUGUAGUUCAGGAGAAGCCAUCAACGAGGUAGCCAUCUGAACGCGACCCAGGCACAGUGAGACCUCACGACACUCUAUAACGACACUGUUCUGAUGAUUGAAAUUAUCCUGGUACUAUUUGGUUUUAAACUUUGCAGUUUCUUCAGAACUUCUUUUAGCCAUAAGUGCUCUCUCUCCAGGUCCUCCUUAAAAACUUAUUUUAUAAAACAAAAAAAACCUUUGUAUCUUGCACAGUUCUGUUUCUGAGCCAAGCGAAUAGGCCAGAGCAAAUGAGAAGAACACUCCUAGCAGUGGCCUGUCAGCAUGACGAAUCACCAAUGAUCUUUUUUCUUCAAUUCUUUUAGUUUUACAAAAGGGAGCUGCACUGCUCUAUGAUUUCUAUUUACUCAAGCCAGUCGUUGUUUUGUUUUUUAAUAUGUGUAUGGUUGAAAAAAAUAAGCUGAAUUUUAAGCUUUGAUGUAGAUGAAUGAAUGUCAGUGUCUGCUGGAAUUUGACCAAGCAUCUGUGCACGAGUACAUAACCACUGUCAAAAACACUCAGUGGAGGCUUUUUUUUAUACCUAAUGGACUUAAGUGCUGAAUCAAUCAGAAGUUAUUCAGUUACUAUGUUAUGUAUCUGAUCUGCCAUUGUAUUGAGAGACAACCGAGACAAGAAACUCAUUCUGAUGCAUUGUGCAAUAGAAG